UUUCCCAAAUUAAAAAAAUAAAAGUUUUAACAGCUAAAGGAUCAUCACACGUGAAAUAGACCAGUCAGCUCAUAGUAUGUCCCGGGACCAGGCAGCAUUAAGGGAAGGGGAUAGAAACAAUACGGCGGUUUGUGUGCACGCAGCUGGGCUGAUCCCCAGGAGGGAGACUGGGAUUGGGAUGUGCCCUUUUUAAGCAACGAUCAGUGACAUGCACUUUCAAGCCCCCCGGACACCUGCAAGGCUGCGAAGGAUGUGAGACUUUCCCCGGUGCAGUUUGCUGCGCGGCUCCAGCUCCAGCUGCCAAGACGCGUUUGCGGAAAACGAAAAGUCUGAAAAAUGCGCAUUGCUGCCAGCAUCGCUUCCCGGACGAUCGAGCUCAGCACCUGAACGACAUUUAAUAUUUAGGAGGUCAGAUGGGGAGGAUACCCGAUCCCCUUUUGUCCGCUGACUUGCCCGGCGGUCAACAGCUUCUCCUGCGCCGUGACUCAGCUUAGUGUACGCAGAUGUUUGCAGCACCGCCUGAAAUACACACGACACCACCUCAUCAGAAUCUGUCAAACGCAUCUUAUGUUAAAAUGCCAACGGUAUUGCAUGUCGCCUGCAUCUUUCUAGCAGUUCAUACCGAUAGACCCACGAAGAGGAAUUAAUUCCCCCCCCGUUUUUUCUUUCUUUCUUUUUUCUUUGGCAAGAAGAGUCCUGGAUGCUUUUUGCGGGACUUGUACUCCAGGACUGUAUUUGUCUUGUUCUCCAUACAAUCGCUGAACAACAGCUUCUUUCAGUGCUUGUUUUUAAAAAAGACUUUACACCUGUCAAGGCUUUUCAGUAUUAAUGAGGCGAGACCUGGGAUGUGGUGCAUUUAUUUUUUCUUUUUUUAAACUUUCUUUUAGACACCGUUAGAAAUGAGGCAAGCUCCCAUUUUGGGGGAAAUUUUAUGCAUGCGAGAAAACUAACACUGUCAGCGUAAUUCGGAGCCGAACCUAUUUCCGAUUUGUAAUCUGGGCAAUUAUGUAGGGCGGAAGAGGGGCGAAGAGAUGGAUGACAGCGUCGCACAUGGCACCUCCGCCGGGAAGGAUGGCGAGCGGAGCCCGGCUGGUGAUUUGGAUGAGGUGCAGAUGCACCUUACCUGCUUGCCCGAGCGUUACAUGAGGGCCAAAUUCACCUUGUCAGCAUAUAUUCUCUGCUGGACUGUACUGAAGUUAUGCCAGAGACUGGGAUGCUCACAAACCAGGGGUCAGGCCCCGGAAACCCCAGAGGACACUGCAAAUGACUCUGAACACUCACAGGAGCGGGAGCCUCACGAGUGGAGUGACCUGGGCCAGGAGACCACGGAGGAGUUCUUCGACACACAGUCGUGUCACAGCGACGCCUUCUCAGACCUCAGCCCGGACAGCGAGGGCUCCUCCGUGCUGCUCGGCGCACGGGGAUUUCACGAGGGCGAGCCUGGGGAGAGAGGCUCCAGUGAGGGACACACCAUUCCGGAAAGCAUGAAGGAGGAGUCUUCUAUGGACAGCCUUUGCGAUGACCUCUCCUCGCGAUCAUCACCACAGCGGUGUGCUAGUGACCAGCUGUUUGGUGUUCUGGAGUUAGCUGAGCCUUCUGGAACACAAGAGGCCUUAAAAAGUGAGAGAACUUUGAUUCUGGAAGCUGGACUUCCUCUCUCUUCAAAUUUGCAAGUUCCAGAGACAUUGUACAGCACGACAGGCUCAGAGUGUGGACCCAUUGAAAUAAGUGCCAUUCAUGAACCCCUCCCCCACGCCGAGGUGUGCCCGUUGCAGGAAUUUGCCGGAACAGGGCCUUCCCAAUUUGUCUCCUUUUCUGGGAUGGGUGGUCUCGUUCAUGUUGAGGAGGAAGAACAACAGCAGAGCUGCUCAGGUUCUCAGGAGGACCACCUGUCAGAGGACACCUUAGGGAUUCACCAGCCACUUUCUGGCCUUCUGGAGUGCCUGACUGAUGAUGGAGAGGACCACAGUGCAGGGGAGGCCAGGAUGACCUCUGACACUGGCCUCCAGAAUCGUAACAAAGAACAUCCCUUGGAUUGCCAAACUGAAAUUUAUACCCAUAUAUUGACUGGCAAUGAAUUUCAACUUGGCACAAGUGCUUAUACACAGCUUCCUACUGUUGAGACUGUUCUGGAAACACAGUCUAACACUAAUGUCCCUGUAGAUUCUGACACUGUGGUAGCAUUUUUAAAAGAUCAGAUAGACCCUGGUACUUGUAUACAAGCUGGUAAUGAGGAAAGUGAUUUAGAAAACAAGGCUAUUGCUAAUGCCUGUGUGAACUCUGCCAUUGAGCAUAUUUUUAUGGUGGAUCAGACAACCGUACGAGAGAAUAGUAAAGACGAUGUUGUAGAAACACUGCAGGACACUGGCACCAAGGAUGAUGUCUUAAAGAGUCAUUUACAGUCUAGGACUGAGGGAAAUGUUAUAACUGACCAGACAGAGAGUAGCACUGGUAUAAAGCCUGAUAAUGAAGAGCAGGUUUCAGAAACCCAAGACACUGAAAUCAAUGAUGGUUUAGAAAGUCAACCACAUACUAAUACCUGUGCACAGUUUGACCCUGAGAACUCUGUGUUAGAAGCCUUUUCCCACAGCACUGCAGCUGCACAGUCUGGGCCUGAGAAGGAUGUUAUAGAGACUGAACCAUCCUCUGAUGCAGUCGUACUAUCUGGUACUGAUUACAGACUCUUAGAAACCCAACCCAACGGUAGUGUCUGUGUACAAAGUAGCACUGAAGAAGAUCAGAAUGACCCUAAUAUCUGGAUUCAGUCUAGAACUGAGGAGAAGGUUCUACUAACCCAGACGGACACAGACCGUUACAUGCAGUCUGAUAUAGUGGAGGAUGCUUUACUAACACUGCAGGACUUGGACACAAUAGAUGAUGGUAACAAGGAGGAUAUUUCAGAAAGCUGCAGUGACACCUGUGCAACUGACAUUGAGGAAACUGCAUCAGAAAUUGUUUCUCUUCCUAUACAAUCUGGUCCUGAGAAGGAUAUUUUAGAGACUGAAUCAUGCUCCAGUGCACAUAAACUAGCUGAUACUGAUGAUAAACUCUUAGAAACUCAACCCAGUUGCAAUGUCUAUGUAGAGAGUAGUGCUCAAGAAGAUCACAAUGACCCUAGUAGCUGUAUUUUGUCUAGAACUGAGGAGAAAGUUCUACCAACCCAGAUGGACACAGACAGUAAGAUACAAUGUGAUAUGGAGAAAGAUGAUUUAGGAACAGUGCAGGACACAGACAACAAUGCGCAGUGUGGUACAAAGUGUGCUCUUUUAGAAAGUAAGUCCUACGUAAACAUCUGUUUAAACUGUGAUGGUGGGCAUAGUGUUUCAGACGAUCAACCUAAUGUGAAUGUCUCUGUAUUAUCUAGUCCAGAGGAGCUGUCAUUGUCUGUGGAAGGAGAUGUUUUAGAAAGUCAGGUCUACAUAACAGCAUAUUCACAGUCUGGGACUCAGAAAAAUGCUUUAUGUGAUCAGACAGACACCAGCAAUGAUAUACAGCCUGAUAAUGAGGGGAAGGUUUUAGAGAUAGUCCAGGACACUGAAACUAAGGAGGGUGUUACAAAGGGAAAUGUUUCAGAAAGUUGGCCCUAUAAUAAAACUUAUGCACAGUGUGACACUGUGUUAGAAACUCUCCCCUACACUAAUGUAUCUACACAGUCUGGUCCUGAGAACGAUGUUUUAGACACUGAACCAUGCUCUGAUGCAUAUAUGCCAGCAGAUAUAGAGGACAAACUGUUAGAAACCCAACCCAGUAUUAAUGUUUGUGUCCAGUGCAGCGCUGAUGAAGAUCAGAAGGACCCUAGAGGUUUUAAUCAGCUGAGCACUGAGGAGGAGCUUUUUAAGACCCUCUGUGCCUAUUCACAGUCUGUUACUAAAGACGAGAUUCUAAAGCAUCCAAAACUGCCCCUCGCUAACAGCAACAUGGCAUCCUGCUUUGAGGAAGAUGUUUCAGAAUUUCAGAUCGCCACAAACUAUAUGCUGUCUGAUACUGGGCAGCAUGUUGUAGAAAAACUGAAAGAGACUGACGGCAGAGUUCAGUGUGUUAAUGAGGGGAUUGUAUUAGAGAAUCGGUCCCACGUUAACAGCCCUGUAAAUUGUGAAUCCGGGGAUGACGUUUCUGAUAGUCACCCUAACGUGAACGUCUCAGUAAUACCUGGUCCUGAGGAGCCCCACUGUAGAUCAAUUGAACCAUCAUCUACAACGGGAGACGGUUGGACUUGUAACGAGAGCGAUGUUUCACGAAGCCAGGCUAGUGUUAAUGCCCAUGUGCAGUCCAGCGCUGAGGAUUGGUUUUCAGAAGACCAGACAGAUGCUCAGCAUCAGAGGAAAGACAAUGUCAAGGCACUACAGGACACUGACACCAAGGAUGAUGUGAUGAAGGAGGACGUUUCAGAAAGUGGGUUUCAAGUAAGAACACAUUUGCCUUUUGGGACCGAGGGAAAUGGUAUAAGCGACCUGACAGACAGAACAACUGGCGAUGAGAAGGUUUUAGAAAAAGUCCAAGACAGUGAAACCGAGAAUGAUGUUACCAGGACAGAGGUUUUAGAACGUUGGUCCCUUAACGAAGCCUGUCCACAGUCUAACACUAAGGAAACUGUGAUAGAAACUGUUCCCCACUGCACUGUAGCUGCACAGUCUGGGCCUGAGAAGGAUGUUAUAGAGACUGAAUUAUCCUCUGACACAGACAUACUAGCUGUUAGUGAUGACACAUACUUAGAAACUCAACCCAAUGACAAUGUCUGCGUACAGUGUGUUACUGAAGAAGACCAGGAAGGCCCGAGUAGCUGCAUACAGUCUAGAACUGAGGAGAAAGUUCUACAAAUCCAGAUGGAAGCAAACAGUUACAUACAGCCUGAUAUGGAAGAGGAUGCUUUAGGAACAGUGCAGGACUUGGACUGGAAAGAUGAUGUUAACAAGGAUGUUUCAGAAAGUUGCAAUGACACCUGUGCACAGAUUACCACUGAGGAAACUGUGUUGGAAACUGUUUCUCAUGCCAGUAUUUCUACACAGUCUGGUCCUGUGAAGGAUAGUUUAGAGACUGAAAUGGAUCCAUCCUGUGAUGCAGCUUUACUAGCUGGUACUGAUGACAAACUCUUAGAAACUCACCUAGAUGGUAAUGUUUUAAAGACUGAAUCAUAUUCUGAUGCACAUAUACUUGAUGGUGAUAAGGACUAUGUCUUAGAAACCCAACUGAAUCACAAAGUAUUUGACACUAAGGAAGAUUUUCUGGACUCCAGUAAAUGUUCAGCUAAAGUUCCUAGUAUUGAGGAAGAUGUCUCACAGACUCAGUCUCUUUAUAGCGCACCUACUGAUACAGAAGCCUUUGAAGCCCAACCUUUCUGUAAUGGGUUUGGGACUGAGGAGCUGAUCGAGGAAUGCCUGCCCACCCCCCACAACAACCAUGGGGUCAUUUUCUCAAAUGGCUCACAGCUGGAUAACAUCCUCGGAUGGAAAUCGGAGACCUUGCCGGGAGAUGAAAAGGGAGAGUUUCAUAUCUCUUCAGAGGAUGCAGGCAUUAUUGAUUCUGUUCCACAAAACCACUUGGAUAGAAACUUUCAGAACCUCACAGACCUGCAAAUACUGUUUGGAGAGGCUGCUUACGCAGUUGGAUUUCAUAGUAUAACAAAUAAAGAGGAGUCCAUUAUUUCUGCGGUUGGCCUGGAUGAAAUUAAUUUUGAAUUAUCUGCUGACCCCCAGUUGGAUAAAGUGAAGCAAUGUUUUGUGGAUGAUUCUGAAGUAAUGUCUAAAUCAGGGCAGCCAUCAACUGAAAUGCAAAUCAGAACUAAUAAACUGGAGUCCAGCUGUGAGACUGACUUUGCCCCUGAUGUGGAGUCCCCUUGUGAGGAUAUCUCCAGAGCUUGUGAUUCAGGUUUUGAUGAAGUUCCUGAGUGGAGGACGGACAUUGAAUUAGGCACCAGUUCCCAGUUUGAGGAGCUGGAAUGGAACCGCACUUCUGAGAGUCACUGUGCUAAGGAAAGUCCUGCAGGAUCCAAGUGGCACAACAGCAACACAAAGUCUGCUUCGGAUCUUCUCGACCCUUUGGUACAAGUUCCCAAGGAGACAGAGCACAGAAAUGCCGGCGGACCUGUGGAUGCAUUUUCAGGCAAGGGGGCUGAUGCUGUUUCCUCAGAAAGCCUCCAGAGUCAGCCGGAAGCUUUUGGUCAGCACCCCUGGCUGGAGAACCUUUCUGUAGUGGUCUUCACCAAUCCCACUGACCUGGAAGAUGAGCCCCACUGGAUCCAGCAAGGUUCAGAGUGGCGACUGGUUGUUGACGACCUCAAGCACUGUGACUGUUCUGAAGGGGAGGAGCAGGGUGGGCGUGGACAGAAAACUGGGUUGAGGACCACAGAUGCUGUUGGUGAUGACCCCCCCUCCAAUGGCUUGGCCCCUCCCCCACAGGAAGUUGCACCAAGGAAUUAUGAGAUAAGCUUGGGGUCCGAGCUUGAACCACAUAACUCUACGAGCAGCCAAAUGAAGGGCUUAUUUCAUGAACACCUGGAUCCAGAGAGGUAUGAGGAUAAAGGGCUUAGAUCCUUUGUGAGUCAUUCGAAAAUUAUAGGAAUAUCUGAUGGCACAAGAGAAAAGAUAGGAAAAGACCAGAUGGCCGAUAGACUUAGAUAUUCAGUAGGUUAUCAUACUGUCCCUGAGACAGAACAUUGUUCCUCUUCACAGUCACUACUGGAUGAGACAGAGAUAGAUGUGUAUGAACAACCAGAGAGCAAUUUAAAUUUAUUGUCAGGCAGUAAUCUUGAGCCCAUUCUAGAAUGGGAUCAUUAUCAAGAAAAUUUGUUCGCGUUGGAAGAUAAAACCAGUGUGAAGGAAAGGGAGGAGCAGCAGAUGCCUGUUAUGGGGUCUGCUUUGGUGGAUUUGAAGAUUGCCACAAGCUACAUUGAUACCCACCCUCCCCUUACCGUCUGUUUGCCCUCCACACCUGAGAGCAGCAAGGAAGACUCACCUGACAAAGUCACACAGCAUCUGCCUGCUUCCAAUACUACCCCUGCUCUGGACUCCAGUGAGGCCAAUACCUUGUUAGCCAAUGAAAAGGCAGAGAACAAAAGCUGCUAUAUUACCAAUAUGGCAUCCCAGGUCCAGGACAAUCUCAACACGAGCAGAGAAAUAGAAACAGAAGAUGGACUUUUAUCCCAUGUUGGGAACAGCUCAAGUCUGCAAAAUUCAGUGAAGAAUAAAACAUCGAAGGUUAGCACAGCCAACAAAGCCUCAAAGUUCUUCAAUAGGAUCCCAUCAUUCAGGAAGGGAAAAACCUCUGCAAGGGAGAGCAAGAGCUAUAAAGGGGAGCAAGCAGCCGGGAAUUCACAAGAUGAGAGUAUGGAGAGGAUAAAGUGUCCCCCUCUCUACCAGACUUAUCUAUCCCAGAGUACCUACCACCUGAGAGAAGUAGGGGAGUCAGGUAAAAACUCAGAUGAUGACGUCUUUGAGAAUGUAGUUUCCCCUAGAAGCAGUUUCGGGAGGAGAUUUUCUGAAACCAGGAGUAGGAUUGACGAAGAAGUCUUUAUCCCAUCCAUGCAAUGCCUGCGACACCCUACCCUCCAGGACCCCUGUGACAGAAAUUCUGUUGCCAUCCCAGCAAUGGAAAGCCGGAGCCCCAGAAGGAGCAAGAGCACAGACAACCUCAACCUACGAAUGAGAAUAGCUCUGGCACACAAAUCCCUGUCGAGUCUGUUUGAGUCCAAGUCCUCAGACAAGGAGAAUGCAGUCCACUGCCCGAUGACCAUCAACGAAGAAGCAAGCACAGAAACAUUAAGGGGGAAGAAAAGACAAGGUAGUGAGACAGAGAUGCUGAAGAGGACCCUCUCGGUCUCUGAUGCAGGUAGUGUCAGGCAGAUCCAGCGGGGCUCUAGGGACAGACUAAGUCUACAAAUCUCCUCAGCCAAAUUGCGGUCAGGUUCACAGGUGUCGUGUUACACUGAUCCACUGAGCAAAAAGGCCGCACCAAGAGAGCUAUCAGACAUCUCUGAUGAGAGAAGGUCAGAAGGGUUUAGGAUAUCUGGACCUUCCAAUGGACUCACUUUAUCUUCCUCCAGCAUUAUCUGUUUAGCCUCAGACAGCUCCCAAGUCUCCCCUGACAACUCUAACCAUUUGACACCUACUAAUUACGCCCAAAUGACCACCCUUGUCCACCAGCAUGCACCCUCCUGGGCCAGGUCCUUGGGUUCCUUUGAAGGAGUGGAUGGCCCCCUGAGGCCUCAGAGCCCCAAGCCUCAGAGCCCCAAGCCGUGGCCCCACCGUCGGAGCUUCCGCUACACUUCACGGUCAGUCGCAUCAUCCCUCAUCUCGCUAGGGCAGGGAGUCAGUGCCGAGGGUCUCUGCGACCCACCUGGGAGGCCAAAGACCGUCAAGCCCCGGAUGGCUCAACUGGCAUCAACCCAGUCAGUGGACACAGACUACAGGCAGGAUGAUGGUGUCAUGGACAGCGAGUCACAGGACAGUCUGGCCACCUCCUUGUCCAGCAAUGACACUGAGCUCACACAGGAAGGUGGCAAAAUGGCCCACCAAUUAUUGGACAAAAGGCACCAGGAGCUGGGGAGUGCGCUCCGGGUGCAGAAGCGGGGGGAGCAGUCGCCCCGGCAACGGUCUCCAGGACAGAGGCCGCUCUCUGAUUUGGGCAGCUGGGGUGUGCCCCUCUGGGUGCCAGGCAUGGCAGGGCUAGCCACAAACCUGAACCCAAGGGCUGGAAAGGGACAACACCGUUGCUCCGACGACCUCUGGAUCGAGGCAGAGAAGACCCGCCAGAGAAAGCUUGUGUUGGCUGCACGCGGUAGCCUGUGCAGGCUGUCCAGGCGGCGGCCUGAAGAAUCGGAGAAAGCCCCAGGACACCGGUCCAGCAGCUUAGGCCAGGAUUUCUCCAUCAUGCCUCUGAGGGACCUAUACUUCUCUCAGAGUACCCCCAUUGGCCUGGAUUGCCUGGGCUGGCCUCGGCGUGUCUCCUAUCCAACGGUGGUGAUUCCUGACGGGACGCUUGACAGGGCCGGCCCGAGCGAUGAUGUGGGCAGUGAGGAGGACCUGUAUGAUGAGUUCCGCAGCUCCGCCCACCGUUUCGGCCACCCCGGUGGGGGGGGGGAGCAGCUCGCCAUCAACGAGGCUAUCCUAAGAAGAGCAGGGGAAGGCUUUCGUUUUGUUCGUCUACAUUUCCUGCUGGGACCUUCCAUCCAUUCGCUCAUCGUUCAGCUGAGCCCUGGCGCUGACUUACUCAUCCGCACCGAGCCAUUCCUGUCAUCCGUAGCAACGUUGAUCAGCGAUGGCAGCGUGUGUGCAGAGGCCCUAUGGGAUCAUGUCACCAUGGAUGACCAAGAGCUGGGUUUCAAGGCCGGCGACGUCAUUGAAGUAGUGGACGCCACCAAUAAGGAGUGGUGGUGGGGGCGGAUCCUGGACAGCGAGGGCUGGUUCCCGGCCAGCUUCGUUCGGCUACGUGUGAACCAAGAUGAGCCUAUGGACUACCUAGCCAAGUUGGAGGGCACCAGGGAAGAGGACGGGGGUGGUGUGGGGAGACUUGUGGGCCCAGGCCUGCCCUGCAAGGAGCAGAUGCGGAGCAAUGUCAUCAACGAGAUCAUGAGCACCGAGAAGGACUACAUAAAGCACUUAAAGGACAUCUGUGAGGGUUACAUCAAACAAUGCCGCAAGAGGACAGAUAUGUUCACCGAAGAUCAGCUCCGAACCAUUUUUGGCAACAUCGAGGAGAUCUACCGCUUCCAAAGGAAGUUCCUCAAAGGCCUUGAGAAGAAGUUCAACAAGGAACAACCUCACCUGAGUGAAAUAGGUUCCUGUUUCUUGGAGCACCAAACAGACUUUCAGAUAUACUCGGAAUACUGUAAUAAUCACCCCAACGCCUGUCUCCAACUCUCCAAGCUCAUGAAGAUCAACAAAUAUGUAUUCUUCUUUGAGGCUUGCCGUCUGCUGCAGAAAAUGAUUGAUAUUUCCCUGGAUGGCUUCCUGCUCACGCCGGUCCAGAAGAUAUGCAAGUACCCAUUGCAACUGGCUGAGCUGCUCAAGUACACCAACCCUCAGCACAGGGACUACAAAGAUGUGGAAGCCGCCUUGAACGCCAUGAAGAACGUUGCCAGGCUCAUCAACGAGAGGAAGAGGCGGCUGGAGAACAUCGACAAGAUCGCACAGUGGCAGAGCUCCAUAGAAGACUGGGAGGGUGAAGAUGUACUCGCCAGGAGCUCAGACCUCAUCUUCUCAGGAGAGCUGACAAAGAUAUCCCAGCCUCAAGCGAAAAGCCAGCAGCGUAUGUUCUUCCUCUUCGACCACCAGAUGGUCUACUGCAAAAAGGAUCUGCUGCGUAGAGACAUACUGUACUACAAGGGCCGGGUGGACAUGGACCAAAUGGAAGUGCUGGACCUGGAGGAUGGCAAGGACAAGGACUUUAACCUGAGCGUGAAGAACGCUUUGAAACUGUGCUCAGUGGCAGCAGGGGGCGAAGCCCUACUGCUUUGCGCCAAGAAGCCCGAACAGAAGCAGAGGUGGUUGCGGGCCUUCACUGAUGAGCGCGGGCAGGUGCGGCAUGACCAGGAGACAGGUUUUGCCAUUACUGAAAUCCAAAAGAAGCAGGCAAUGCUGAAUGCAAACAAAAGUCACCCGGCAGGAAAGCCUAAAGCUGUGACCAGGCCCUACUACGACUUCCUCUUGCGGCAGAAGCACCCGACCCUGCCGACCUCCCUGCCGCAGCAGCAGGUCUUCAUGCUGGCAGAGCCCAAGCGCAAGACCUCAAACUUCUGGCAUAACAUCGGCAGGCUCACGCCCUUCAAGAAGUGACCGCUGUGCUUGUGCCUACACCUCCAUUUUUACCCUCUUCCUUUUUCCUGUCCUUUAGUUUUUUUCCUUAUUGAUAUUAUUAUUAUUGUUAUUUUUAUUGUUAUUAUUAUAAUAUUUUUUACAUUGAUUUUUUUUUUCUUUUGGAAAGCACUUUAUAGGUUGGUUACAAUCAGACUUUGAGACUUGGCUCCCGGACUUGUUGGAACUUAGGGAGAGUAACUGCUAUCCUAGCACUAGGACUACAAAUACUACUAUGCUACUACUUCAACUGCAACUACUUGUACUAAUACUGUUAUGGCUCCAGACGAUCAUGUGAUUCAUGCUGUGACAUCACCGUCUGUGGAGGACUUUGGCCUGAAGACAGGAUCUUUGGUUUGUUUUUUUUCCUCCCAGCAUCCAUCGUCUGGCUUUUUCCGACAUUCGCCGAUGGCUCGCCGUGCCGGAUCAUUGGGGUUUUGUACGCAAGUUGUUACUUUGACCGAAUUACCGUUGGAAACGUGGGGGAAAAAAAAAAGUUACACGUGACAAGGAAUCCUAUCUUUGGCAAAGAUCACCAGAUUCGAUUCCAUUUAGGCAGAAGUGUGGAUGAUACUUUUGUAUGCAAAGAUAAAAUUAUCCCAAAGAUUCUUGUCCAGCUAAAACUUCUAUUGUCCUAAGCUUGACACCAAGAAAUUCGUACUGUGGUUGAACACCUUGCAUCCUGUCAUUUCAAACAUUUUUAUGUACUUCCGGGCAUGUCUGUUUUUAAUAAUGUUUCUUAAAGUGCUAUUCAAUGUCUGCACAAAUUACUACGAAAGGAGAGGUUUUUUUUAACUCCAACCCAGCCCCAGUAAAAUGCCUUGCUACUAAUUCAAUUAGACUUUUUAAACACAGGAACACAGGAGCAGAAUGCUUGAAUAUCCUGUUUUUCACAGUUUAGAAAUUGAACCAAGUUUAAGACUAACAUCCAAAAGUCCAUAUCAGUAAGAAGGAUUUUAUAAAAGAACUGAAUACUGUAAAAUUGGUGCUAAAGUCUCCCUUAGAAACUACAGGUAAAACUUAGGCGUACAAAUAACCAAACCAUUUGGAUAUAUUUUUUGAUAAUAAUAAAAGUUAACAAAUUCCCCAAAAACAAUUUACUUAAAUGUGCCUAUGGGGACUGACCUUAGUCACAGCCCAAAGCGGAUGAGCGCGGAUCAGCUGCCUCAGGCGUAGAAGCGCCGUACCCCCCCUACCGGUACAGACUCACUGCGACGCUGCUACAGUAUGCAACUGCCUGCGGUCGUAGGACGCAGGAAGGGGUUCCGGCUGGCUCGGCCAGUCCGGCGGAGUCCGGGCUGUAGACAGAGGUGAGAGAAGCUUCAUAUUCGUUCACUUACAUUUUGCCCAGACUACCUUAAAGAGAGCGGAAGAAUAUGGGAUUGAGGUCAGUGUUGGUACUAAACCAUGUUACCACUGGCAUUAUAGAAUAUCACUUUAUUUAUAGUUCCAUUGAUACAUUGCUACUCAAUACAAAAUUAAAUCCUAUUAUAUAAGGCUAUACAACAUAUAGGUAUAUACAGUACUGUGCAGAAAUCUUAGGCUGCCAAAGAAAAUUAUGUUUAAAUGAUCUUUAUGUCGCUAUAAAACUAUGAUUUUAUGUCUGUCAGAAUGUGUCAAAACCUCUUUAGAUCGACGCUGUAUUUACAGAAACCAUCCAAUAUAUCCCUGAUUUGUUACACUUGACCACAAGCACAUUUCAUUUGGCUAAUCAAUACCUCAUGAAGUUAAUCAACUAACUUAAUUAAGUGAGCUGGUGGUGGAAUUUAACAAAUACAUGGAAUGAGAUCAUAGUAUCAGUAACUCUUACCCAUCACUUCCAUCACUGUAGCUUUUUAUUGUGUGUGUGUGUGUGUGUGUGUGUGUGUGUGCGUCUAUAUAUAUAUAUAUAUAUAUACAUACACACACACACACACACAUUCUGUGUUAAAUGUUUCAGCAAUCAUGCACUUACUGCCGGAGAUUAAUGGAUGGGGGUCUUACUCUUUACUAUGGGGGCUAAUGGCAAACUUUUCAUGACUUAAUCCAAUAAAUACACAUUUAUUUGGGGCUAGUAACAUUUUAGGGGGGCUAAAGCCCACUUCAAAUAGACCUACUGACGCCCCUGCUUACUGCCCAGAUAAAUAGCUUUAAACAUAAUUUUCUUUUGCACAGUACUGUACAUACGUAAGGUUUGUAUUUUCCUCCAAGACUUAUAUAUAUAUGAACACUCAUUACAUUUUUCAAAUUACUUAUAGCUUGUGAUUUCUGCGCGACUGAUGUAGAGGAGGGAGAUAAAGUUUAUUUAUCAGAGUAAAUAGGUAAUAUUACAGAAUUAAUAUAUGAGAGAGCACACUGAAUCUCAAAGCCAAUCAUAAUGUUUACUGUGCUCCAAGGACACACACACAGUUCCUGAUGGACAUCUUUUCUGCCCUUCUACACAUUAUUUACGGAAGGUCGCCCUUUUAGGAAUAACUGCGCACCAAAUCGACUACCUCCAUUCUGACUGACACUGAACGAUCAGAUUGCUUUUUCUUUUUGUAAAUUUUCAAUAAGGUUCGCUCCCAGGCUCUUUGCGGGAGAGAACGGCUGGGGACUAGAGAGUAUGCACAGAGAUGCUGGUUUUGGAAGGAUUUAUUGUUAACUUCUCUCACUGCUACCCGAGCUGGUGAAUUACCUCUGCUUCGUUUAUUUCCAAGCGAGGCUGACACUGCCGUGCAGUCGUAUAUUUAUCCGUAGAUAAGCGUCCACUGUGCCACACGCAGUCAUUACAGGGUGGAAACAGAGCAGCGGAAUCCUGAGAACGAUAAACGAAAUAUGACACAAAUACCGGGGGUGCCUCUCCACGCGACAUCACGUCCUUUCGACUGUCCAAAACACGCCGACGAAAAUCAUGUAUUUUUCCAGACCUCUCCUUAAACAUCGCACCAUUUCUCUAUGCUAGUUAUGUUUCAACAUCCUUGUGAACUAAUCAGCUGACCUUUGAGAAUUUUAUUGAAUUGUGUAGAAUUAGGUUUUCUGGAAAUGAAGUUGUUCUAAUAAGGCAAAUCCUGAUUUUAUUUUAACAUGCUAAAAUUAACUGGGAGUUUUGCUGUUUCAUAAAUUACCUCUGUAUCCUUUAAUGAGUAUUAGAUAAACCACCUAAGCAUUAUGCUUUGAUGUUGAUUUUUUUUUUUUUGGUCAAACCACGUUCACCUUCUCAGGUUGUUUGAAUUCAUUCUGCCCCCUAGUGGUAUUUCAUGAUAUAUCGGUAAACUUUGCCUUCAGUGUGUCUCUUUCAAGGUUUUUUUUUAAUCUCGGUCUCGAGGACCUCCAAAUAUUUACCCGCAAGUCCUGGGUGUCAUUGCUCAAACUGCAUGCUGUUCGCAGAGCUUAUACGACUAUGUUUGCCUUCAUGCAUUUGUGUACACUCUGUCACACGUGUUUUAAUAUGCAAAUAGCGGCUUUUGUUCAAACAUCUCAGAAGCAUAACGCUUUAUUUUGAUAUAGCCUGCGGGUGGUGCCCUGGGUUUUUGAUAUUUAAAAUAUAUAGUACUUUUACCGUUAUUCCACCAGGAUCGGAGUGCAUGCCAAAAUGUUUAUGAUUUCAUUUGAUAUACUAAGCCUAUAUAUAAUUUGUUGUUUUAACCAUAAACCCUUGGAUUAGCCACACAAACUGCCCACAAGAAUAAAUGUUUGGAUUAUCCUCAUAUUGUAGAGGGUCCGAGGUUGAAGUGGAGAGGGUUCAAAAUCAGAAGUGUCAACGACAGUUGCGUAACCCUAUAACUGACCUACAACACAGUCAAGUUUAGCGUAAUUUAAUAAAAACCAAUUAACACUUGAAUGUGCAUUACGUUUACGUACCAACAAACAGUUGCAAAGCCUUCAUUGUUUCCAGAGAUUAACUACUGUAGUCUGAAUAACUGAAUGCCUUCGAGCAGACUUCAGAACUAUUUAUGCUAACAUUCAGUCCCUGACUGAACCUUUCAAUCUAAUCAAAAUGUUAAUUUGUUUUUAAUACGUUUAAGAUUUCUGAGAACUAUCAUCGCAUCUGCCGUCGUUAGGGACAUUACGAAUCUUAAAUUCCAUUUCUCCAAAGGUACAUGUGAUAUGCAACUCCUGUCCUGCUUAGCACUGCUAAUUUACAGCGUUGUCGUCUAAAAAACGCAGUUUUCCUGUAAUUUGAUUUAAAGCCAGUCUCUAUUUAAAAAAUAAAAAAAUAAAAAACAGCAUAGCACUGGGUUUGACAGGAUGCCAGUAAGUCUGCUUGCUGCGUGAGCAAAGGCAUUUGUGAAAUGUAAGUAUAGUUUGUUUAGAAAUGAAAAAAACAACAGUGUUUGUACAUUAUCUUUGUAUGUGUUUGGUUGUUUACGUAUGCACUCAAAUUCUUGGUAAUAAAAUUGUUCAAUGUGU